CUCCAUCAAAGUGGCAAAAGGGAAGCCUCCUGGGUUCACCUCCCGUCGCUCGCCCGCUCGCUCGCUCGCUCACCAGCCUGGCAGGCUGCAGCCUUUGCACGCUGCCGGUCGCAGCUGGUUCGGCGCCAGGAGUUUCCACGCCCGGCGCUGGGAUGGCUGUGCCCAAAGCGGCAGGGCGCCACGUCCUCCUACGGUAAGCAGGACGGCUGGGGCUGCAGACCAUGGACUCACUGAGACGGGCAGAGGUGUGAAAAUGUCGAGCGGCAACCGGUCCCUGGUGGUGGACUUCAUUGCCUACAAGCUGGCGCAGCGGGGCCACAGCUGGCGCGAGAUCGAGGGGGACGGCGAGGAGCGGACGGAGCUGUCCGGCGAGAUGGGCAGCGGCAGCGGCGGCGUCCUGAACGGCGGGAGCCCCUCCUGGCACCCCAGCCCCAGCCCGGUGGUCAACGGGGCGGCCAGCAUUCACCCGGCCCUGCUGGAAGAGCUGAGCGACGGCCCCCAGGAGGCGGUGAGGCAGACGCUGCGGGAAGCCGGGGACGAGUUCGAACUGCGCUACCGGCGGGCCUUUAGCGACCUGACCUCGCAGCUCCACAUCACCCUGGGCACGGCUUACCAGAGCUUUGAGCAGGUGGUCAACGAACUUUUCCGGGACGGGGUGAACUGGGGGCGGAUUGUGGCCUUUUUCUCCUUCGGAGGGGCCCUGUGCGUGGAGAGCGUCGACAAGGAGAUGCGGGGCCUGGUGGGAAGGAUCGCCACCUGGAUGGCCACCUACCUGACGGAGCACCUGGACCCCUGGAUUCAAGACAACGGCGGCUGGGUAAGUCUCGGGCUAAACUUGCAAGGUUGAGGUUCUC